AUGGACAGUGGUGGACCGAGUGCCGGUCCCGAUAUGUCGGGGGAGGAAGACAUUGACCUCUACGAGCUCCUUGGGAUCGAUAAGGAUGCCUCGCAGGAUCAGAUCAAGAAGGCAUACCGCAAGGCUGCCCUUCUUCAUCACCCCGACAAAGUUCCCGAGGACCGCAGAGAAGAAUCGGAAGCCAAGUUCAAGGCCGUUAGCCAGGCCUAUGAAAUCCUCAAGGAUGAGGACAAGCGCCACCUCUACGAUACCCACGGUAUGGCCGCCUUCGACCCUUCGCGGGGCGGCCCCGGCGGCCCCGGCGGCGUCGAAGUCGACCUGAACGACAUCCUGUCACAAAUGUUCGGAAUGGGCAUGGGCGGCCCCGGAGGUCCUGGUGGUGGUCCCAGAAGACCCCGUCGCGGCCCUGACGAGGACCAGCCUUACAAGGUCACGCUCGAGGAGUUGUACAAGGGCAAGACUGUCAAGUUCUCCGCGAACAAGCAGGUCGUCUGCGGCUCCUGCAAGGGAUCCGGCGCCAAAGCGAACGUCAAGCCCCAGCCGUGCGAGAAGUGCAGAGGAGCCGGUAUGGCAGAGGCCUUCCGCCAGGUUGGCCCGGGUAUGGUGCGCAAGGAGACCGUAAUUUGCGACCGCUGCGAGGGAUCCGGCAACUUCUACAAGGAGAAGGACCGCUGCAAGAAGUGCAAGGGUAAGCGCACGACUUCCGAGACCAAGGUCCUCGAGAUCUACAUCCCCAGAGGCUCCCAAAACGGCGAGCGGAUUGUGUUGGAGGGAGAGGCGGACCAGUUCCCCGACCAGACCCCCGGAGACAUUGUUUUCCAUCUGGCCGAGGAGCCCCACGACGAUUUCACCCGCAUCGGCAACGACUUGUCUGCUGAGUUGAACGUCACCCUGGCUGAGGCUCUUGGCGGCUUUUCUCGUACUGUCUUAACGCACCUCGACGGUCGCGGUAUUCACAUCGAAAGACUCCGCGGCCAGAUCCUCCGCCCUGGCGACAUCCUCAAGGUGCCUGGCGAGGGUAUGCCUCACAAGCGUGGCGAGAGCAAGGGCGACUUGUACUUGAUUGUCAACGUCGAGUUCCCUGAGGACGGUUGGUUGAAGGACGAAAAGGACUACGAGGUUUUGAACAAGCUUCUCCCUCCCCCUCCCCCGCCAAUUGAGGCCGAGGAGGUUGACGACGUUGACUACGAAGAGGUUGACAGCCUGGACUCGAUGGGUGCCAACUCGAACGACCCGCGGUUCGGCGGCGAAUGGGAGGACGAGGAUGAAGAUGACGGUCAACCUCAGUGCCAGCCUCAGUGA